AUGACUGGGAGUUCAGAAGAAGUCACCCCCAGUUCAACUGAUUCUCAAUCGAAUAGUCUGUUUGACAAUAGUAGUAAUAAUAGGAAUACUAAUGCAUCAACGAGCUACACUUCUGCAUCAGAUGUUGCUAGGCCUGAGCUACUUAGAAAGCGUUCAAACUCUCUUACUAAACUCGCAUUCCUCACACAUCAGAAAGAGCAACAAUUUAAUAUACAGAAGACAGCUGAUGACUUCUAUACCUCGGAUAGAUCUUCACCUCAUUCGAAUAAACAGAAAGACGACGAGAAUUUAUCAGAAGAAUCUUAUUCGACUACUUCAUCGAAUAAAACACGCAGACAUACAUUCUCUGGCAAUCCAACUAAACCUUUGUUUAUUGAUUUCACUCGUCCGAUAGUGCAACCUUCAAUCAAGAAUCUGGUUAACCAGGACCAAUCCCCGCCUACCCGAGUUAGAGCUUCUAUCCUGAGAGCAGAAGAGGAAGAUCAUCAGUUCUACCACCAGAAUCAGCCACAACAGCACCACCACCACUAUCAGCAACCACAAUCUCAGCAUAUGCGUACUCUACCUAGUGAGCCACUACCCCAAAUGCCUGCUGCGUUACCCACACCUGCUUAUCGUAAAUAUCACCGUCCACAUGGACAAGGGAGUGAACAACCACCUGAUCAAAUAGCCCCAUCAUCUUCAUCAAAUACACAAUUACCUCUCCCCUCUCUCCAAAAUUGGUCGCUGGAUUAUAAUGCACCAUCGAAGAAGACACUCGGGAAGAAGCGUAAAGUUGGUAGUAACAAUCUUCCUGCAAUUCCUAUGGAUGCCAGUAAAUCAACAACUAUUGUACAAAACGCAAGAAUGGCUAAUCAUGAACAACAUACCAACGCUCAAGCUUUAGCAGCAUCAAAACAGGAUUUUGAAUACGCUAAUUCAUCUAUUGGUAAACAAGACACAUCACAAAAUACCUCUAAUGCGUCUACAUCUAAAGGAAAAGUUUAUACUUGUCAGUAUUGCUCAAAAACCUUUAACAGGCCGUCUUCAUUGAAGAUUCACACCUACUCUCAUACAGGUGAAAGACCUUUCGUUUGUCAAGUUAAUGGUUGUAAUCGUUCAUUUUCGGUUGCGAGUAACCUCAAACGACAUGCAAAAGUCCAUAAUAACAAUUUAAAUAAUGGGAAUAUAUCUCAACAACAUAAUCAAGUAACUAAUAGUAAUUUCAAUGAAGUUGAUUCACCACCAACUAAGGAUUCUUCACCUACCUUAAAUAGUAGAGCAGGUAGUGGUGAUGGUCAAACCAGCUCGGGUAGCGGUGACUCAAAGCAGGAUUCUGCAGUAGCGGGUGAAUAUGCAGAUGCAGAAGAUAAUAGUAGCAGUGGAAAUGAGAAACGUAACAAUUUGGUUCCAGCUGAAAAUAAUGAAGCACUUGAUGAGGAAGAAGUUGAAGAUGAGAGUGUAACAUUAGCAAAAGAUGUUAAUAAUCGUAAAAAAAAUACAAUAACAAAUAAUACUCCUAAUUUAGAUAGAACCGCUCAAUUGAUUGAUGGAAAAGUUAAAUCAACGAUGGGAGUACCACAAACUAAGGAAAUUAAUCAUAAAAGGAUAGUCGAUGCAUUAAAUCAGGGUCGGUCGAUAUCGAUUGAUGGUAAAUCACUCCAUUUACAGCAACCUAAUCGAAGUAUUGAUGAAAAUGGUACAAUAAUUUCAUCAAAAUUUCAAAAUCAGGAUAGACAAGCUUUUGAUCAUGAUGAUUCUUCUUCAUCAAAUGAAAUAUACAGUUCACCGAAUGAUGAAGACACAGUUAAACCUCCUAACAAGAAAGUAACUUAUUAAACAAUAAUUGUAUACAUAAACGUAAUUACAUUCCAUUACGGACGUUAUCAAAACGUGAUUGUGGGUAUUCUAUAUGGUUAUUUACACCAUCCAAUCUUGUAAAGUUUAAUGCAACGUUAAUAACGAUACUUUUUGGUACUUCUGGGUUAUCACCGCUUAACUCCCAGUACAUACCACCGCCGAGACCAUUUUGUUUGAUAUAUUCUGCUUUACGAAGUGCAAUAUCAACGUUAUCGUAUGUGACAAGCUCUUUUGAGUUCUUUGAGUAGCAGUAGCUUGCAAUUUUCUCUGAG